UKAGGAAAUUUGARCGAAUUUCAGCCCCAGAAAAACGUCUGAAAAACGUAAGCUUGACUUAAGCCAAGUGCAAAUUAUAAAAAGACGGUUUCAAAGAGAGAUGUUUAUUGCGAAAACAGAGAUUUAAACAGUGGACAUGAAUGGCGCCAUUGUUCCUCAUACUCCAAUAGCAGUAGAUGUUUGGAAUAAGAAAGCUGUCAGUAGCUGUCGUCUGUUUUUUCUAUCACAUGCACACUCAGACCAUACUGCAGGACUAACAAGCUCAUGGAAACAUCAUAAGAUCUAUUGCUCUGAGGUAACUAAAGAUAUUGUCAUUCAUAAACUUGGUGUAUGURGUGAGCUAUUGGUUGGGAYCCCUGUGGAUAAUGCUAUUUCAAUCCYUAUGGAUGAAUAUGGUCAGGAGAAGCUGACUGUUACGCUGAUUGAUGCUAAUCACUGCCCUGGUGCUGUAAUGUUUCUUUUUGAAGGAUAUUUUGGAACUGUUCUGUAUACUGGAGACUUCAGAUAUGAUAAAUGCAUGACUGACCAUAGUGCAUUGAAAAAUAAAAUCAUUGACAGACUSUACCUUGAUAAUACCUACUGUGAUCCUGCAUGUUUGUUUCCCAGUAGAGAAGAAGCAUUGUCUAAAGUACUUGAUAUAGUAGAAAACCAUCUCAAGAAAGAUUUCAAGAUUGUUAUUGGAAUGAGUUCCUUAGGAAAGGAAGAUMUUCUUGUUCAAAUAGCAACAUCUCAUCAAACAUGGAUUGGAGUUGAUCCUAAACGYCUGAGUCUCUUAAAACUUCUUAAUUUACCUGAUGUCUUCACUAGUGAUGUUGAGUCCACAAGAGUGCGAGUAGUGAUGCAAAGAGAAGUCACUAAACAAAUCCUACAGGAGUGGAAUGAUAUUGAUCCAACCAUUGUAAUYAUACCAACAGCAUUAUUUGAAGGGGACAUCAAUCCAUAUCAGUACAUGUCAAAUGUAUUUGUUGUACCAUUCUCUGAUCAUUCAUCAUAUGAAGAGUUAGUGACUUUUGUUUCUUCAAUUCAACCYAAGGAAAUCAUUCCAAUUGUUCUUAAACACAGAUGCACAAGAAUGGAACCAAAUAACACGAGAACUAACAUGGCUAUUUUCAAUUCAUAUCUUAAUAAAGAGCCAUUUAACCCAGUAUUAAUUCCUGAUUCAGUGUUAAAGUACAUGAAUGCUUCCACAACUAAGGAACUAAGAGUGAAACGAAGAUCAAACUCAAGAUACAACUGUUAUGAUUAUAAGAGAAGAAAAUGUGCUGGUGUUGUUUUCCCAGAUGAUGAGCCAACAAAUAUAAUCGAAAGUAAAUCCAAAGACGAGGCUACUAGGGAAUUGCCUUAUUGCAACAAAACCUGUUUGCAAAAUGACUCCCUCUAUGACAAGAGACGAAUUGAGUCAUCMUAUAAUGGAGAACAGGUUGCUGAAUGCCACAACAUAAUCACACAAGACCCUGUGCAGAAUAAUUCUGACACUAAUAACCGUAGAAUUGAAUUAUGUUAUGUUUUACAGCCAGGUGAAUGCCAUAGCACAUCCACACAAGAYAGUUUCCAAUGUGUGCCUGUUAGAAAUAAAGUUGAACUAAACAAUUCACAGACAACAGCUGAGUUCCACUCAAAUAGAAAAAAGAACAGUUUUCCAACUAGUUCCCUUUCGAUAGAACACAGCUGUAUUGACAUUGAAAUGAAUUCAYAUGACAAAAAGUUUCUUGUUAAUGAGUCUUCCCCUGAUAAAAAGAACAUKGUUUUGAUAAAUGCAAAGAGUGAUUGUUUAGAAAACAAAGAUGGACAAGAUAGUCUGACCAUAUCAAAAUCCAGAAGAGUGGCAAAAGACCUGAUCUCAAAGAAACAUCUUAUUGGUGAUGAGAUGCAGAGAACUAAAUCAGAAGGUUCCAAGAAAAAGAAAUGUCUUCUUGAUUAUUGGAGAUAUCAAAGAUCACCUAACACUAAGACAACAAUGACGUCAGRUGUUGAUAAUAGUACUAAUCAUUUCAAUAAUCAAAUGAAAGCAAUUCUUCCAAAGUCUAGCUCAAAUACAGUAAAGACAAAGAAUUCUUGCACUGACUUUCCAGUUAGUAGUACUACCACCUUGGCUUGUCCAAACAGUGAAAACGCUCUACAGAUAUCAACAAGGACAAAUAAUCAACUCAAGUCCAACCACAAGAAAAGCACUACAAGUAUACCUAGUAUUAGUGGUCAAGAGAAAAAUAAUUCAGACAGUCUUCAUGGAUUUUGUUGGUUCACAAGUGACUUUAAUUUUACUGUAUAAAAGUAGUAUAACAGUAGUGUGACGCUUCAUUGCAUUGACUGACUAUUCAUCUGUAGCUGCAACUACUGUAAUGUAGUAAAUAUUUAAAUAAAAAUAAAUGAACUUACUCAACAUCAGAAGUUCAGCUAUUGAAAUUAGAUUUUGUGAUCAUGGCAUAUGUAUUACAUAGGCAAAGAGCUGAAAAGUUUGAAUGCAUAUGCCAGAAUAAAAGGGCACUGCUUCUUGAAAAUGUGCAGGAAUCUUUGCUUCCCAAUAUUCAUUUUUAUGAGUAUAUUGUCAUUGUUAUGAUGGACAUGGUCAUUUCAAAAGUCGUAAAAAAAUUAAGAUGAAAAUGUGGAGAAAAUGUGCAAUAAGAAUUAGGCGAAAUUUGCUGGAAGGAGAAUAAAUCUUGAAUUGGGACUGUUUUUCAUCC